ACCAAAACACCUGGAAACUCUCAAAUGCCCCAUCUCCAUGAUCUUGGUGGGCCGCCCCAGGUGUCUUGCUUUUCAAGGUGAAUAUGUGCUGGGCCAGCGCCCCGCCCCGGCCCAGACGCACGCAUGGCAUUCGCUACUGGUCCACCCCCACCAAGUCUGUCAGUUCCGGCGACCUAGCCUCCAGCAUGCACAGACUGGAAAAUACAAGGCGGCUCCCCGCCGAUUUGGGCCUGGGCAGCACGAGCCCGCCGAAAAGCCCUGACGCCCCGCCCCGCUGCGUGAGCCCCAUCCGGGCGGAGAGCCUCACCCACGAGCGCCGACGGGCGGGGCCGGGGAUGGAGCGAGUGGGGCAUGUACUGCGUGUGCGGCGGAGGCGGGAGGCAGUUUUUCCUUAAGAGUCUGGGUCCGAGGAACUGUCCAAGGCCUGGAGAGGGAAUUUUAUUAAUUAUCUAUCUCUGCUAAUGAAGACCAGGCAGUUUGUUCAUUCCGCCCCGCCCCAUAGAAAUCUGAAGCCAAGCACCGCCCACUGAAAGUCCUCCAACUUCGCCCUGGACUACAACCCCCAGAAGGCCUCGGUGCUCAGCCACCUGACUUGCGCAGCAGCGUUCGUUGUAAAGUGCUAUGACAACAGGGCGAAGAUGGCUUGGAGUUAGCAGGAGUCGGAAGGUGUCCCUUCCGCCGCUGCUGUCCUUUUCCUGCUACAUCCCAUUCACUGCCUCCUUCAUCAUUUCCUCCUCUUUGUGAGCAGCAGGACUUGCCGUUGUUUUCGCCUGCCUGGUCCCUUCCAAGGGAUUGAUGCCGUUUCUCCUGUGUGUCUGCGGGGGUGACAGAGAAGGGAUGCAGAGGAGCUCCUUGGGGGGAGCGCUUCAACUCUGGAACUGGUGGUGCUGACUUGCGAGGCUCUCUCUUUGCUCAGGACGUGGAACAAGUUGGGCAGGAGAACGAGAGGGAGUAGUGAAGUUAAGGGUGGCUUUUCCCAGCACCCUCCGUUCCUGUUCUCGUCGUCCCUUGGGACCCUGGCAGACGUUCUUAAAGGGAAAUCUGCGGAAAGAGAGUUCGAAGAAAGGUGGCGCAGGACCCACCCGGUUCGGCUUCAGAGUGAACGAAAAUGUCUUUAUUUAAAGCCCGUGAUUGGUGGUCUACCAUUCUGGGAGAAAAAGAAGAAUUUGAUCAAGGCUGUUUGUGUUUGGGUGAUGUUGACAAUACAGGAAGUGGACAAGAUAAAAUAAUUGUGGGUAGCUUUAUGGGUUACCUACGGAUCUUUAACCCCCAUCCUGUAAAAACAGGAGAUGCAGCUCAAGCGGAAGAUUUGCUUCUAGAAAUGCAUCUACGAGACCCAAUACUGCAAGUGGAAGUAGGAAAGUUUGUUUCAGGUACUGAAAUGCUUCAUUUGGCUGUGUUGCAUUCUAGAAAACUUUGUGUCUACUCCGUCUCAGGAACCUUGGGUAAUGUGGAACAUGGGAACCAAUAUCAGAUCAAAUUGAUGUAUGAACAUCACCUUCAGAGAACGGCCUGCAAUAUGACUUAUGGAUCAUUUGGUGGUGUAAAAGGUCGAGAUUUAAUUUGUAUCCAGUCUAUGGAUGGGAUGCUGAUGGUGUUUGAGCAGGAAAGCUAUGCUUUUGGGCGAUUUCUUCCUGGCUCUCUCUUACCCGGCCCCCUUGCGUACAGUUCCCGGACAGAUUCCUUCAUUACCGUCUCUUCCUGCCGACAAGUGGAAAGUUACAAGUACCAAGUACUUGCUUUUGCAACCGACGCAGAUAAAAGACAGGAGACUGAACAGCAAAAACUUGGUUCUGGAAAAAGACUAGUUGUAGAUUGGACUCUAAAUAUUGGAGAGCAAGCCCUUGAUAUACGUAUUGUCUCUUUCAAUCAGUCGGCAUCUUCUGUUUUUGUCCUCGGUGAAAGAAACUUUUUCUGCCUAAAGGAUAAUGGACAAAUUCGAUUCAUGAAGAAACUUGAUUGUAGCCCAAGUUGUUUUCUUCCGUACUGCUCAGUUUCUGAAGGAACCAUAAAUACUUUGAUUGGAAACCAUAAUAACAUGUUGCAUAUUUAUCAGGAUGUGACACUGAAGUGGGUCACUCAACUGCCUCACAUUCCUGUAGCAGUAAGAGUGGGCUGUUUACAUGAUUUAAAGGGAGUGAUAAUCACGCUGAGUGAUGAUGGUCACUUGCAGUGUUCAUACCUGGGGACAGACCCUUCUUUGUUCCAAGCUCCAAAAGUUGAAUCUAGAGAAUUAAACUAUGAUGAACUUGAUGUAGAAUUGAAAGAACUCCAGAAAAUCAUCAAAGAUGUGAACAAAUCACAAGGUGUUUGGCCCAUGACUGAGAGAGAAGAUGACAUGAGAGUUUCUGCCAUGGUUUCUCCUAACUUUGAUUCCGUGUCUCAAGCUCCUGAUGUUGAAGUGGGAACUGACCUCGUCCCUUCAGUCACAGUUAAGGUCACACUGCAGAAUCGAGUGGCAUUGCAAAAAGCCAAGUUAUCAGUUUAUGUGCAACCACCUUUAGUAUUGACUUCUGAUCAAUUCACCUUUGAAUUUAUGGCACCAGAGAUGACGAGAACAGUAGCCUUUUCUGUUUUUCUGAGAGGAAGUUAUGCACCACCUGAAUUGGAAGGAAAUGCUGUUGUUUCCUAUUCCACACCAACAGAUCGAAAUCCUGAUGAACGAUACCGCAUCCAGAGUGAACAAUUUGAAGAUCUCUGGCUCAUAACAAGCGAGCUUAUUAUCCGCCUUCAAGAAUAUUUUGAAAAACAGGGAAUCAAAGAUUUUGCGUGUUCUUUUUCUGGAUCUAUGCCCCUUCAAGAAUAUUUUGAGCUGAUUGAUCACCAUUUUGAGCUGCGGAUAAAUGGUGAAAAAUUAGAAAACCUCUUAUCUGAAAGAGCUGUUCAAUUCCGGGCCAUUCAACGCCGGCUAUUAACAAGGUUCAAAGACAAAACACCUGCCCCCCUCCAACACCUGGACACCUUGCUAGAUGGAACCUACAAGCAGGUAAUUGCUCUAGCAGAUGCAGUAGAGGAGAACCAAGACAGUCUGUUCCAGUCGUUCACCAGGCUGAAAAGUGCCACCCAUUUGAUGAUCCUGCUGAUUGGACUGUGGCAGAGGCUGAGUGUGGACCAGGUUGCCAUUUUGGAGGCAGCAUUUCUGCCGCUACAGCAGGACACUCAAGAAUUGGGCUGGGAAGAAAUGGUGGAUGCCGCCAUCUCCCACCUCUUGAAGACCUGCCUAUCGAAGAGUUCAAAGGAGCAGGCUUUGAACCUCAGCAGCCAGCUGCACCUGCCCAAAGAUACCAGCCGGCUGAAGAAACACAUCACCUUGCUGUGCGACAGAUUGGCCAAAGGUGGGCGUCUCUGCCUUAGUACCGAUGCCGCUGCCCCACCAACCAUGGUCAUGCCAGGUGGCUGUACCCCGAUCCCAGAAUCAGACCUAGAGGGAAGAUCAGUAGAGCAAGACUCCACCGAACUGUUUACCAACCACAAGCACCUCGGAGAGACGCCCCUGCCUGAAGUUUCACCCCUCCAAGGAGUCUCGGAAUAGUUCAAGUAGAGUUGCCCGGUUGAGGGGAAGAUGGCCUUCCCAAGACUGAUCCUGUGUGGACCUCAUGCCAAGCACAGACGUAGGGCUAUGCAGGGGCUUCGUGUAGCUCACCUGUCCAGACGGCACUGAUGAGGGUCCGGACUUCUGUUUUGCUAGGAGGACUUGUAAUCCCAGGGGCAAGUCAGUCGCCGGCUUGUCUUACCAGGAAAGGAUGGUGCUGCUUUUUGGUCAUCCGUAUAUUUGCAGCCACAGGAGACAGUGAUAUGACAUCUUUUGGGGACAGACUUUAUAAUGCAGAGACCUAGAUCCAAAAUAAUUUGAUACCCCAUUUUUUUUCACAGAAUUCUUAUAUAGUAAAUGUAUCAAGUUUAAUAAAACAUUUCAUUGUCAAA